GGGGGAGGGGGGAAUGCUGCUGCUCUUAUGUUGGAUCCUCGCCAGGCUGCCCCUGCCCCCAGCCCAGCCCCGGCGCCCAGGCCCUGCCUACCAGCCCCAUUGUCUCCUUGGGCCCUUCUCCUGCCUCUUGCCCACAGUCCAGGGGUCAGACUGGGUCACUAGGCCUGUCCAGAGAUCUCAGAGCCAGGAAACUAGCCCCCUCCCCUGGGGGAAACUGAGGCCCAGUGAGUCGCGGAGCUGGGAGGGAUCCCAGGUGUCCUGAUUCUAUCGUUCUGGUCACUAGGCCACGUGCUCUGGCCUCCUCUCUGCCUCCCCCCACUUCCAGCACAGACUGGAAUUGCCUCCCACGCAUCCCAGUGCCAGCUCAGCUGAUCCUGUCCCCAGGCGACAGGCCAGCUCAUGGCUGCCUUGUGACAUCAGAAAGCCCAGCUCGCUAAGCAGCAGGGCCUGGGCUAAAAUGGCCAGAUUAGUUUUACACGGGAGCUUGAGGGCUGCAGGCCAGGCCAGCACCUUGGGGGGGCCCCCGGGAAGGGAGUGCAGCAGGGGAACGGUCAGUGCCCUGGAAGAUGGGACUCUGCCAGGCCCGGCUUCCUAAAACUGCCAAGCCUCUGAAUCCUGAACUGCAGGAGAUGCUGAAGUCGCAAGUCAUCAUCUUCGUGAUAGGAGGCCCAGGCUCCGGCAAAGGGACACAGUGUGAGAGGCUGGCUGCCAAGUACCACUUCCAGCACCUGGGCAUGGGAAACCUGCUGCGGGCAGAGGCCAGCGAGCCCACGCGCCAGGGGCGACAAAUCAAGGACAUCAUGCUGAAAGGAGCACUCGUGCCUUCAGGCUUCGUCCUCAACCUGCUGAACGCCAACCUGCUGCAGAGAGAGGAGGCGAAGGGCUUCCUGGUCAAUGGCUUCCCCCGGGAGCUCAACCAGGCCAAGGACUUUGAGCGUGUGGUGGGGCGUCCUCCCAACAUUGUGAUCGUCUUGGACUGCUCAACGGAGACCAUGAUCCAGCGGCUGCUGCUGCGGGGCCAGACUGGCCAUCGGGCCGACGACCACGAGAGCUGCAUCCGCCAGCGGCUGGAGACUCACUACUCGCUGUGCGAGCCCGUCAUCAGCUACUACCAGCAGAAGAGCCUGCUCAGAAACAUUCUAGGUGAGGAGCCGGAAGACGCCAUCUUCGCAAAGUGCUGCUCUGUCCUCGACAGCCUCCGUUAGGCCAGGUGCCUGCUGCCCUGCCCGGGGCCGGGACAGUGUUCAAAUAAAGGUUCAGCUUUGGGACCUGGCCUUACACCUAUCCUACCCUGACAGCCCUCAGCACCUGCCCCACCCAUGGGGCUAGGGCGUGAGUGCACUCUGCUGCCCAGAGCUGACCCCACACGCUUAAGUCAAUGGUCCAGGUCCCUUUGGACCUCCCCAGCCAGCGGCAGCAGCUGCAGAUAGUCCACAAGCAGCCACGAUGCUGCCCAGCUAGAGAGGCAGGAGCCCAGCUGCACACAGCCGGCCAGCAGGAAGCCAGUGGACAAGGGAAGAAUCUGUCAAGCAGGGUAGCUGGGCAAAGUGGGUCUGGCCUAGGGCAAAGAGCAAAUGACUCCGGGAGCCUCCUUACCCCAGGGGAGGGGAGAUGGCUACAGCUCCACCACCCCUCCCCCCAAGCUGUUUUGAGUGAGUGCAGUUCCCUGCUCUGCCUUCUAGAGCAGCCCAUUAGCUCACCAGCCUCCUGGCCUAACCCCCGCCUCCCUACUCACUGGGGCAGUAGCUCCACCCCCCAGCCCGAAUCAGACCUGUGCCUUUCCCCAGCAGCCCCCUUUAGAGGAGCAGGACUGCAUGACAGAAGGGAAGGGACAAGACAGCCGGGCUGGAGUGCGGGGAGGGUUCUGAGGGGCCACGAAGCAGCCAAGAUCACAUCCAUCGAAACACCCAGCUUAUUACCAAAAGUCCUUUUGUUUUUCCAAUCCAUGAAUUCAGACCCAGCUACAUGUGAGUGAGGAGCGCCCCAGCCAGACACCAGUUUUGUAGAGGUCAGCUUCGAAAGAAACCUGCUUUCCACACACAUCGCACACGGGUCACACAAAGCCGAGUCUUAAAAGCCAACAGCAAGGGGGGGAGCAGAGAGAGAAACUCAGCACAAGUCCCAGGUUAAGGAAAAAAUACGGGAGAGUCUCAGCUUAUGUUGGGUUACAUUCUGCUGUCAGCAUGUAAAGCGAAAAUCCCCUAUAGUCAAACUUACAUAGAGUGUAAUGGCAGGUGGAACCGCCCGCACCACAGGUAGUAGUUAAAUUUGUCGUUUUUGCUGACUGCGCAAAGCUGAAAAUGUGCAUGUUUCAUGUGCGUAAGAUGAGACUUGCCUGUACACCAGCAGCAGGUUGGCUCUGCCUAUGGGCCGAGCACUUGGGGAGAACUGGAAUGCAAGGCCCCCCACAAGGAUAAUGGCCCUCCUGCCCAGGCUAGGGUUAGUCUCCCAUGGAGUGGGAAUGCUCACCCACUCCGGGGGGGGGGGGGAAAUUUAGUUACUAGGGGCUUGGCAAAAGCCCCACAUCCGUAUCAGUCUGAAAUUGGGCUUUGUGCCAUGCUCUCCCCUGAAGCUGGCUGGGCAGAACAGGGAGGCUAGCAGAUGUGACACAGGAACUGGUUCUAGGGAAGGCUUCCCCCUGCGUCACCCCAAGCCAGGGACUGUCCAGCGGGUGGAUGGAAAAGAACCUUUCUAAAGCUGCUUUUGAUAGCCAGCACUCUCCAGCCCUUGCUGUCUUACCCUGACCCUCCAGAGCGAGUUGGGGGAAGCAACGGGUCCCCCUCACACUCAUUUGCCUGGACAGCCUGCUGCACCAGCCAGAGAGUCCAAGCCGGAGGAGGUUCAUCUGUCCAUAAGCAGAGGAGGGUCCAGGGCUUAGGGCAUGAGCCUAGGACUGGGGAAAACCAGGUGCAAGGUCUGACGCCCAAGGAAUCUGGGCAAGUCACAGUCUGUGCCUCCAGUGGGGAUCAGAGCUCUGCCCUGCUGCCCAAACAUGGAUGGGUGGGAGGCGCUCAGGCCUUACCUAGGCAGGUCCAUUCCCACUGCAUCAGAGGUGAAACUACAGCCCCUUAGGAUUGCUCAAAGACCAGAGGUGUUGAAUGGAUUGAGCACAGCUCCACUGGUUCCUCAGAAUGGUCAGCAGAAACAAUUCCUUACCCCACAAGGUACCCUCAGCUCAACAGGCCAGAUACCCUGCUGAGGGGCAGCAGCAUAAAGCCCCCCGUAACAGGCACUAUCCAGGGCGCAGCGUGCCACCAGUUGCUCGGUUCGGAAACAGUGCAGCAGAGUUGGUUUCAAAACAAAAAGAGCAUUUUAUUUAACAAAGCACAAUUGCCUGCUCAAACUAUAAAAAACCACAGGAGCUCUUAGUUCAUCAGGUUUUACAACAGCUAUAUCAUGAGAACAAUCCGCUUCAAAACCCUAUGGACAGACAGACGCCACCCAACAGACACAGGGAGGUUUUGUUAUCAUUUAUUUGUGAAGUUAAAAACAAGCGGUAAAAAGUAAAAACUGAGCGUACAAUUUUGUUUGUUUCAGUUUCCUCUCAAACAGACAAAAUACAUGACAGACCAGUCCCAAUUGUGGGAAAAUGGGAGGGGAAGGGGGUUGUUUUAUCUGAAACACCGACACCUUAUUCGAGGAAUGUUCCAACUCUAACUAAAAAGCAGAGUGAUUUUUUUUCUCCUUGUAAAGUUUUUUUAUUUUAUUUUUUUUAAAAACAAAAGGAAAAGAAAAAACCUGUUCCCCUGAAAUCGACGUGUGUUUCAGGAGGGCUGAGUUCUUGCAGCAGUUUUAGUUCGCUAUCUUCUACAGCUGGCUCAACAUGAAGGAUUCAGAUAUUUUUAUUUUUAAUUUUAUUUUAUUUUAAAGAGAAUCGAAGGAGGAGCAGCCGAGGUUCCGCUAAGAAACCCAGCGAUCAGACCCAGGGGCCGGCUCCCUUCCCCAACAGCGCCAUCUCUCUCCAAAACCAAAAAGUGUGUUUCACAGGUGGGAAGUUCACAUUCAAUUCACUGAGCCUGCAAGGAUUGGGGAGAGAGACAGGAGUCAGUCACCCCGACAGACACCGCUACGGACGGACAAGUCCGAAAGCAGCACAGGGUCACCCUCUGCUGCAGCGGCACUGGCAAUGCGCUGCCGCGUUGGGGAGUGGAGCGAAAAUUGGCCCUCGGCUCCCAACUCCCCUGCACACGAGGAAAUCCCACCACUGAAGCAGGGUGUUUGAAAAGGGGAAAUUAGCAGGUCAAGUCUGGAAGAGAAUCUAGGGUUCAGAAGCAGCAGCUUUGGUCAGUCCUGAAGAUCAGAUGAAAGUCUUGGCCUGGGGAAGCAUUUCUAAAGUGGCUGCUUGAAAUUUGGCAUAUUUAGGCAACUAAGUAAGUGGCACAGAGCCCCUAGCAAGACCAAGUGAAGUCACCAGGCUGUGCUGGAAAAGUCACUUAGCCAGGUGCCUAGAUGUGGCUGAAACCUGAUUUUUAGGCUUCGGUUUCUGAAAAACAUGGCCCUAGAAUGUAACCGCUAAGCCUGGCCCGGUGCAGGGUCAGCCUGGCGCCAGGCCUGAGAGCUGCAGCAGGACAGGCUAGAGGCUGAGCUGGAGCUAGCCUGGCUCCCUGGGUCAGCGAACAGCAGCCUUCAGUUCAGCGCUGCCGAGCGUGCGC